AUGGCCACCGCGCACGCUGCCUCGUCAUUGGCGCCCGUCCUCCGUGUGCUGCCACCUGCACAACGGCGCUUCGCCUCGACGGCGCUCCGGCCCCGGCCCCGAGGCACGACGGCGAAGCGUCCUGCGCCAGCGAGGAGGUUCAUCCCCGAAGCGGCCGAGCGCUUCAUCGGCCCCAAGGGCCAACUCCUGACGACACGGGAGAAUGUCGACUUUAUCGUGGCAAACGACCUCGAGCCAGACAAUGGCACCAUGGCGCGCUUCACCCCAGGCCCGGAGAUGAAGCGGAUCGCCGCCGACUUUGGCGUCGCCCUCGCCUUCAGCCCCCGGCACGUCAUUCACCCGUUUGAUCUGCGGGCCUUUGACCCGCGGGGCCACCCCCUCGCGGCCAUGAAGCGCGCCCAGCUCGCGCGCAAGAUCCACGAGGACUCCCUGUGGAUCAUCAUGACAUCCGCAGGUGGCGUCUCGGCCGUCGUCCGCUCCAUGACGCAGAACAAGCUUGUCAAGGAACUACACUUGGCCUUGGAGGCGAUGGGAUAUCGUUCCGGCACGGGCCGUGGGCCGACAAAGGAGAUUCGGGGAACCUUUUGGGUCACGAUAUUCGAUCCCGUCAAGGCGGCCGGACAGUCCGCGGAGCGAUUUGGCAAGACCGUUGCGGCCGCUCUUGACCAAGAAUGCAGUCGGCGCCGCAGCUGA